AUGUCUGAUGUCACUGUUGACUGGAUCGAUAAACACCAGCUGCAGCGUUUAGAUGAGAUGCUGAUUGUUGUUGAUGAAAACGAUAAGGUCAUUGGUGCAGACACUAAGAGGAACUGCCAUCAGAAUAAAAACAUUGAGAAAGGGCUGCUGCACCGAGCCUUCAGUGUCGUUUUGUUCAACUCAGAGAAGAAAGUUCUGAUUCAGCGCCGAGCAGACACGAAGCUUACCUUCCCUGGGUACUAUACCGAUUCCUGUUGUAGUCAUCCACUGAGUAAUCCUGAAGAAAUGGAGGAGAAGGACGCCUUGGGAGUGAAGAGGGCAGCCCUGAGACGGCUGCAGGCUGAGCUGGGCAUCCCCCAGGACCAGAUUUCUCUAGAGGACAUCGUGUUUAUGACAAGGUAUCAUUAUAAGGCAAAAUCUGAUGCAGUCUGGGGAGAACACGAAGUUUGUUACCUUCUGCUUAUCAAGAAAGACGUCAAGAUCUGUCCAGAUCCGAGUGAAGUCAGUAGCUUCAGCUACCUGACUCGAGAGGAACUGGAAGAGCUACUAGAAAGGGGGGCCCGGGGCGAAGUCCAAGUCACCCGCUGGCUGAGAUUCAUCGUGGAGCAGUUCCUGUAUGCAUGGUGGCCUUACUUAGAUGAAGUGACCCGGUUCAUAGAGCUUGACAAGAUAUACAGAGUAUGA